AUGAUUACCAACGAGAUUUUCAGAGACGCUAAUGGCAGACCUUUGUUGAGACUCAAGAACGUCCAUGGCGACUUGGACGGCGAGGACUUAAACAACUUGUUUCUAAAUAUUGCUCCUGUCGAUUUUGUCAAGUUUGACCCUCGCGAGGAGACCACGGCGUACGUGUGUUUCCAACUGAACAAUAGCGAGAACAACGCUCGUGCCAUUCAGAAGUUCGAUGGCAAAAAGGCCAUGGGAAACACCUUGAUCGUGGAGAACGCCACAUCAUUGGCUGAUAGAAUUGCUCCUUCGCGUCCUCAGCGUGACACUGUGCGUGGAGGACGUGAUUCUCGUCCCCCAAGAGACGAUUCUGCCAAGGAGGCUCCAAGAGUAAGAGCCAGAAAGCCUAAGGCCAGAAAACCUAAGCCAGUCAAGAAGACCGCCGAAGAUUUGGAUGCAGAGUUGUCUGCUUACAUGGGUGAGACCUCGGAGCCAGCACCUGCUUUCUCCGCACAGGAUAAUGGUGAGAUGGCAGAUUGA